GCAGCUGUGACGGCGGUGGGCCGUGCCGGCCGGGCCGCACCUGUUACAUAAGGCGGCGGGACACGGGCGUGCGCCCUGUCCCCGGCCGCCCCUUUCCGUUGCGGCCCGGCCGGGCUGGGGGCUACCGGACGGCGCUGUCAGGCUGCGAGGUGGCGGCAGCGUGUGCCGGACGGGGAUGAGCCCGGCGGGCGGUAAGGAGGGCGGCCGGAGGCGGCGGCGGCGGCGCUGGGCGGCGGGAGCCAUGGCGGACGGCAACGCGGACUGGAUGGGCUCCUUGCCGGCGGCGCUGCGUAGCUACCCGCUUUCCAACCUGGCCAUCCCAGGAUCGCAUGAUUCUUUCAGCUACUGGGUUGAUGAGAAAUCUCCUGUGGGACCAGACCAAGCCACUGCAAUCAAACGCUUGGCCAGAAUUUCUUUGGUUAAAAAGAUAAUGAAGAAAUGGUCAGUAACUCAAAAUCUGACUUUCAAAGAGCAAUUGGAAGGUGGGAUCCGCUAUUUUGAUCUCCGUGUAUCUUCCAAGCCUGGGGAAAUAGGACAGGAGAUUUACUUCAUACAUGGAUUGUUUGGCAUCAAAGUAUGGGAUGGACUAAUGGAGAUUAACACCUUUCUUGAGCAACACCCCAAAGAAGUCAUCUUCUUGGAUUUCAAUCACUUCUAUGCCAUGGAUGACAGCCAUCACUUCUUCUUGAUCAACAGGAUUCGCUCAGCAUUUGGAUCCAAACUUUGUUGCGUUGAGUGUGUAGAAUAUGUGACGUUACAGUACAUGUGGGAGAAGAAGCAUCAGGUUCUUAUUUUCUACCACUACCCCUUGUAUCGAGAAUUUCCCUUUCUAUGGCCAGGGAAUAAAAUGCCAGCACCAUGGGCUAAUACGACCAACGUGCACAAACUCUUACAGUUCCUGGAGACCACUCUUGAAGAACGAAGUCGUUAUGGAACUUUUCAUGUUUCUCAAGCAAUUCUCACUCCUCGAGUGAAAACUAUCGCCCGACAUCUGGUCCGUGGUCUAAAAAACACGCUUGUUCAUAGGAACCUGCCCAUGAUCUUGAAUUGGGUGAAAGCACAGAAACCAGGUGUUAUGGGUGUUAACAUCAUUACAUCUGACUUUGUGGAGCUGGUUGAUUUUGCUGCUACAGUUAUUGCAUUAAAUGACCUCCUUCUGGAAGAGGAUGACUCUUCAAGUAAAUCCUGAGUGCUGUGUCCCACUUGUACUUAUCAGUGAAGAUCUUCCAACUAUGCUAAACUUUUAAGUGAAACCUACUGUAAUCAAUUAAUUUAUAACUAAGUUUUCUAGAGGAAAUGUGGUUUAAAAAUUGAAUUGUAUACAGGAGGUUCUUUUCUCCAAGGGCUCUGUGGAUCUAAGUGGAACACAGAGUACCGGCUGAGUGCUGCUGUAUGUCUUUGUGGCUACAUGUUUGACUAAGUUAUGCACACAUCUGUUGCAGCACACAGUGUUGUCUGCCUGCCAACAAGAGGCUGGCCUCUGAAACAGAUGUACCCAGUUACUGUACAUAUCUCCUUGGUGACUAGACUCACCGUGUCUCUGUGCAUCCUGCUUUUUUCAGCUCAAGGAUUCAAAUCAAGGAUCAGUGCUGAUCUCUUUUGUAGCAGUUUUACCAUUGCAGCUGAGACUUUCUUUUUUUUGGCCACAUCAGGCCUAGCUGAUCUCAGCUGGUUGCUGCUCUUGUGUUCAUCACACUAUUUUAGACACUACCUCUGACUUAACUGGGGAGGGGAAGAAUAAAACAACCAAUGCUCCCUGUUUGGGGGGAAGCAGUUGCUAUGCUCUUAAUAUCUUAACUAUUCUUUGGACUCCAAAUGUGAAGACAUGGCAUAUACUGCCUCUGGUGUCCAAACUCUCUUCCUUUAGUUCUCCAAACUGAAGUGAAUAUUUUACUUUAGUUCUUUACUGCGGCCAUGUUUUAAUGUGUCUUUCUUUUUGACAUUUACUUGGAGAAUAUUCCAGUCCAUAAAUUGUCAGUAUUGUAACUCUCAGUUCUGAAUUCUUGUUGCGAGACAAUUAAACAAAACAAAGAACAACAACCUUUCUUUGAUUUGCUGGUCACUUUCUUUUUUUAUCCAUCAAGUUCUGUGGGGAAAGUUUCUCACUCAGAUAGAAGGACCUAUGGAAGGUGACAGGCUAAGUGGGCAUGGUAUUCAAAACAGUACUGGUAGGGACUGCUCCAAACUGAGUGAGAUACUGGAUCCGACUUUUACAGUAUGACAGUGAAUUCCAAAACUGGACACAAAUGCUAUGCUUGCAGUCAGAACUCCCACAGUGAUGUGGAAGGAAUUUCCUCAGCCUUUACCCAUUUGUGACAAAGUAAGACUCACAAGGGCUAGCAGGCAUCAGUGCUGAGUUUAGUCAGAGUCAUUUUUGUUGAUGCAAAACAAAUGUGACUGUGUGCUUGAGCCACAGACAUCACGUUGAUACUUCUGAGCACGUAAUUGAGCUGACAGCGGCCCUGUGAUCUGUUUAUCUUGGGUUAAAAAACAAUACAACUGACUGGUGAGCAGAUACUUAAUGGUUCUCUUCCUAAACCAGCUGUUGGUUCAUUAAUUAGUGAUUAUUAACUUGUGUUAAUAUAUUCAUAAGAGAAUAGGUCAUCUUUAUGGGUGUUUUAUUCAAAAGAAAACUGAGUAUCUGGAUUUAUUAUUUAUCUUAUUCUUUGUUUGCUGCUGUGAUGUGACAGCACAGAAAAAUCCCAAGCCAUUUUGUUUGUUGGUCGCAACUCUGAACUCAGGACUUUAGAUAAAGGUUUGCAAGCCUUCCACGUGAACCUUGGCCAAGUUCUGUGCAGGCUGUGAUCUGAUUUAUCUUAUCUACUUGUUGCGUGGUUUUUGUUUGAGUUCUUUGCAUUUCUUUUAAACUGAAUUAAGCUGAAUCUUUUUUCUUUGGGGGUUGGGGAGGUUCUGUCUGUCUUUCUCUUCUCCUUUUGAGCUCUUUAGGGCCAAGUAAAUAAAGCAGUCCUGGGGAAGCGAAGCGAAGCUCAACUUUCUAGUUAAAGUUUUGUUUGACAGCUCCAGCAGCAGAUUUUUAUUGCUGUUUUCUUGUUGGUUAAGCUCUUAGGACUUGUCCUGAUUGGUGCUGUUUUGUUUGCAGAGUUAUUUAAAAUACCUGUUUUAUCUUCAGUUGAGUUUUAUUAAUGUGCUUUUGGCAUGGCCAAAUCCAGAACUCUGUAAUAGUAUUAAAUGUACAGAUUCUGUUUCAGCGGUCUUCUAGCUAUAGAUCAUCUUAGAGCAGGAAAACUUGCAUUAGGUGCUGAUGUGGCAGAAACAGAAUACGUUUGCAGUGUUCUCUACAGAGCUAGAAGACGAGGAGAAGGUGAAAUAAGUAUCUUUGCAUUUGACCCUUCAUAUGUUUUGCACUGUAUAUAUCUACCUCAAAAGAGAUUUAUUCAGGCUUAUCUAAUAUUUGUAUUGUGUGUAACAGAGUAAUGGCUGUGUUGUUAGUCUUUCUGUUUUAUUUAUUUGAAUAGAGAUGUGAUGAUUGCAACUCAGGGUUUUGGUUAAGUAUUUUUUGAGUACAGACUUGAGGUUUUUUUUUUACUUAUUUGCUGUUGACUCUAAUCCCUUGAAAUGGGAUGAAAUGGUGCAGGGUGUUAAGAGCACUGUUAGCAGGAGGAUAAGAAAUGGAAAAUAGCUUUAGGAUUAGUUAUGAAGCAGGAGGAGAAACUCUUCUGUAAAUGUAGCACCUCUGAAGAGGCUCCUGUUGUUUCAAAGCAGUGCUUGGUGCUCUACCUCUGUGAGGAACCUGACUUCCUCAGUAGGAAGCUGACUGACAGGUCCUGCUACAGGACAUCUCCUGGACAGUACUGAUAUUAAGAGCUGGUUUUUAGGGUAAUUCCAAACUUCCCAGAGCAGCAAGAACUGCCGUUUUCCUGUUGCUCAUCAUAUCCCAUAACAAAGCUGCUCAUGUAGUGGGCUUAUUUCUCUUCGCCCCACAGCAUAUCCAGAUACCCUCACACACUGUGAAAAUCAGCUUCUCUCCAACAUGGCCUUUGAGCUGUGGACUCUUGUUUUUCCAGCAGUAUAGAAAUGACAAGGAAGAGGUGACCUGGCCAAGAAUUGAGGGUCAGGGAAGGAAGGCAGUAGGCUGCAUCUACAUCCCACAUGUGAGGUGUGGCAGUGCUUAGUCAGGUUUGUGGCAGCAGUGGGGAGCAGGUCUGGUGAGUGCUGGUGGUGGGCACUGCUCGUACUGAGAAACUCAACUGAGUCUUGCUCUGAGUGGGCUGCAGCUGGGUUAGGUGUGGAACAACAAGCAGGCAGCAAGGCCUUGUGUGACAUUAAGGGAAAUGAAGAUUGGCAUUAGUGCAGGAAAAGGUUAAGGGAUCUGUGUGGUUGAUGCAGACCUGCAUCUGUUGAGCAUAACCAUAGCUUUACUUGCAUCUUCUCAAAGCAAUAGGAUUCACUUUUAAACAGUUUAAGUUGGAAACUCUCUGUGGGUAAUGGAGAACUUGGCUAUUUUGUAGAUGCUGGAAGAGGAAAAGCCUGUGCACUAACAGCUGCUCGAGGCAAAAUAUUUGAAAUGUGUGUUCUUGAGUAAUUAUUUAUAUGGUGUGUUAUCAGUAUGUUAUCAUAGAUUGUUUACUUUAUUUGCUGUUUCAUGGCUGCUACUUCUCUUCCUUGUGUGCAGUUGCUGAAUGCUGAGCACACUGGUGGUGUGCCCAUGCUCCUGGCACUGAUUGCUGCCAUGUACAGCCCUCAGGCACACCUGGGGCUCACAGACCUCUGUGCACAUCCUGGUGGUGAGCAGCAGAGAGAAGAAUAUUAUGGCAAUGUAGUAUCAAAGGAAUCGUAGUGGCUUACCAUAGGCUUGUAAGUCAAAGAUAAGAAUUGUAACUAACUUGAUCUUCAGACCAUCAGUAGCUUAGUUCCUUUUCUUGUUUGUUUUUGUUUGGUGAGCUGAGAGUUGGGUUUUUUGUUUGCUUUUUUUUGUUGCUCUUUCAUUUGAAAACAAAAGGCAAAUUCCCAUUAUCUGAAUAUCUUGCAAGUGCUUUGCCAUGAUGGUGAAAAUCACUGCUGGAGAAAGUGGUGAUGAGAGAUGUUGUAGGGGUGUGGCGGUCAGUGAUGCAUGUCAGAUUGGGGUUGUUCAGAGCAGGAUAGCAGCAGCCUCUUCAUAAUUAGCAUUUCUACUAAAUUGGCAUUUUAGGGAAGAAAGGAGCAACUGAGAAAAAUGGGAUCAUCUGCUUCUGACACCUGUUUUGUACUGUGUUGGUACUGAGGUGUUAUGUUGAUGUUUGGGAAGCACUCAUGCUGUAAUGAUGGAGUCUUUAGAGCAGGGACUUCAAAGUAGGGAGUCUGCCAAGGGACUUAUCUAUUGUUCUGAUCAGGUUAAGCCUUGGAAAUAUUUUCCUUGUGUACCCAGCUCAGAUGCCAGAGUUUGUAUAUACAGAGUUCAUUGUAUAAUUAGUAGUUCUUGUUUGAGUUUUCAAAUAAAUACAGGGAAUGGUGAUUCUGACUUAUAGUAGAUUAAACAUGAAAGUCAGCUGACAGAGCACAAGAGACUUGAUGAUUACUUGAAUAUGAAAUAUUUGUAGAGUCCAUAUGCACUUUCAUUAAGACUUUCAGGUAGACUCGAGUAUAUUGUUACCCAUCCUUAAAACUCAAGGACCGCUUCUUGGGAUGAAACGUAGGCUGAGUUUGUGGUGGCUACUUUGAAUGCAAGAGAAUUGUUCAGUGUGAAGACCAGAACUAACUCAAAACUGUAUUCAAAUUUCAUACUGUAUCGAGAUGUAGUCCUUUUAGCAAAGAAAGAGACAAUUUCAUGCUCUUCUAGGUAUAUGAUGAAAGUUCUUCCACUGUCUGGUAGCCAGAGUGUAUACUGACAAAGUAGUGGAAACCUACUAGGUGCUGAUGUUUCUAAGAGCCCCAGUUCAAUUUGCUGACGGAAGGCACUAUGGUAGGAGUUCACUGUAUUUGAACUGGCCUCCAUUUGUUAGUUAUUUUACAGGUAACUGCUCUUGGCUUUUAAGAAAUCUGUGGUUGGACUAAGGGGAUUUGAAAAGCUGUUUUGCAGUAGUGAAAUGCUGCACUUGCUGUUGCUGGGAGGUGUAUGUGCAAUAGAUCUGUCUUGUCUUGAGCUGGUAGAAGAACCCAAGCAUGUACUGGAGAGCGAAUAGACUUUAUGCUAAUGUGUAUGUUGGGCUAAUGUGGAUAAGAAUGUAGCAUUCUACUUAGUAGCAAGUAGAUACAUGAUAAUCUUAUGAGCACUUUGGCUUAGUUUGUUAAACCAGUCUCUACUUUACAUUUUAAAACCAGGCCCACUGCAUGUCAGUGUCACUGAAUAAGUAUGUACAUGUAAGCAUUUUCUUUUUCUACAAGUCUUUAAUCUUGUAAACAAGUAUUAGCUCUUAAUUGUAUUGCCUGGAAUAGCGCUGUCAGUUUUGUUGUUCGCUGAAUCAAAUUGUAUUUUAUAUUAUUUAUAAUAUAAUUAUUUAUAUAUUGUGUUGUUCAGUGAUACAUUGCUGCUGUUACACUUUGUAGACCUGUGAUAAUUUACUGACUGUAUCUCUUGAAUUCAGCUGUAAUGUAUUCUUAAUUCUUAGAGGGGAAAAAAAAGUACAUUCUAUAUCAAAGUAAAUGUGACUCUUCAGUUUUUCUCAAUGUCAAAUGUAUUUUGUAAUUGAAUUUUUUUUGUUUAUACCCUCGAUGGGAGGGGGGUAAGGGAAGCCAGAUGAAGAAGAAUGACUUGCAAUUCAUAUUUUGUGCAAUUUCUCUUCUUUCUUUUGGCCAUUCCUGCUUCAUGAUUCUGUGCAAUUCAGUUUUGUGAUACCAGGAUGCCUCAUUUGAACUGCAGAUAAACUUGGUGUUGACAUCUAUUUGUUUCUGCUUUAUUCUGCAUCUAUAUCAUUGGGGUUUUUAAUCCUGAAAAUAAAAAUGUCAUGUGAGAUAA